AUGUCGAUCAACGUCUUCAAAACCUCCGUUCCAGACCUCCCACUCUUCUUCACCAUGUUCCUAAUCAUCUACCUCGUCGCCUACCUCAUCGUCUUCCGCAAUUGGAAAACACAAAUCCGUCCCGAAGCUUCAAGCUGUCUAAUCUCAAUCUUCCACGGAACUCCCGCAGUCUUCCUCGCCUCACGCGCCGUCUUCUCCUCCUCCUCAGGCUUCUCCUUCUCCUCCGCCAACACCGCCGCUCAGAACACCGUCCUCGAUUUCAGCGUCGCCUACUUCCUCACCGAUCUCCUCCACUACAUCGUCUUCUACCCUAGCGACGUCCUCUUCAUCGGCCACCACGUAGCUACUCUCUUCGUCUUCAUCACAUGUCGCUUCCUCGUCUCCCACGGAGCCUGCGCCAUAUUAGGGCUCCUGAUCCUCGCUGAGGUCACCAGCGCGUGUCAAAACGCGUGGACACUCGCCGGAGCGAGGAAGAGCGAUCCGGAGUCUAGAUUGGCCGUCAAAGUGUAUGAUCUCUUGUCUCCUCCGUUUUACCUAUACUACAGUGUCGUUAGAGGAGUGUUGGGACCUUUGUUCUUUGGGAAGAUGGUUGCUUCUUACGCUAGAGGCGAAGCUAACGGCGUGAUACCUAACUGGCUGUGGGUUUCUUGGGCUGUUGUUGUUGGAACUGCUAUUACUGUUAGUAUACUUUGGAUUUGGAAUCUGUGGAUAGAAUUGUUUAGAGAAAGGAAGGCUAAAAAAUUAGGACAAGACAAGAAGGUUAGAUAG